AUGGCACUCACAGAUGACGAGAUUUCUUCGUUGGUUGCCUUUGUGAUUUGUGCCGUUUUGUUGAUGGCUUUUAUUGUAAUUUAUGUAUUGUUUUCGAGUAGAAUAUUUGCCUUCGUCAUCAGCAAACUAUUGUGGUAUUGGAAAUUGAAGGCUAACAAUGAAUAUUUAUCAAUUGGAUCUCUUACGUUUGCACCACUUGGAGGAAAGAUUUUAUUUAGAGGAGUACAAUAUACUACCAAGAAUGGAUCUUUACAAAUUAUUGAUGGAUAUAUAGAAGUUUAUUGGUGGUUUAUAAUUAAAUCGACUUGGCAAAAAACUAAAAAAGAAUCAAGAUUUAGAUGUUAUCUAAAUGGUGUGGAAUGGCUCAUUUAUAAUAAUGUGUCACGUUAUGAUCAAAUUAAUGCCAAAAAACUAAAUUAUAAUUUAAGUGAUAGUGAGGAUGAGGAUAAUAUGCAAAAUGAUGAUAGAAUUCAUGAUACCGAAGAUGAAGGAAAUAGAGAUAUUAUGGAGGAAGAUAACAUUCAAAGGUUUUUCAAAUGGGCUAAGAAUGUUGGUGUGGAUGUUAGAAGAGGUUGUAUAGCUAUUGGAAAUAGUGAAUUGCCAAUAUCUUUGAGAAUUGCUUUCAGAAGAGCAUUGGCUACUGUUGGAUUGGAAAAACCAAACUCUACAUUGGACAAAUACAAACUUAAAGCAGAUAUUAAUUUUGAAUAUUUCAAAAUUAUGUUUAUCGAGAAUAAUAACGUUCCACAGUACAAUACUCCUCAUUUCGAAUUAUCAAGAAAGAAAACUGAAGAAGAUAUCAUUAAGGAGGUACAAAGACAAUUUAAAGUUAUCUUCAAAAAUUCCAAUUUUGAUUUUAUGAAUGAGUUAAAAACAAUGACAACUGAGAAGAUUGAUAAGGAACCUGAAUAUGUUUUUAAUAUGAAGGAAGCAUCAGAUAAAAAGUCAACAAUAGUAGAUCAAAAGAAAGUUUGCCUCUGUACAAAAUUAAGAGUAUGCUAUUACUAUGAAGAAGGAGGAGUCACUCCAGAGGAUGAGAGUAGAUCUCCCAAUUUAAUGAGAAGUAACGAUGAUAACGUGCGAAGCAAUUCUGAGCCAUCACCAGUACAUGGUGUCGAGUUGCAUUUUGAUAGAUUUGUAGAUGGUGCAGUUGUAUAUGGACCUUGGGGAGACCACCAGAGAGCAUUGCUUCAAGCUUUCUUCUUCCCUCCUCUCUAUGAGAAUGCAAAGUACUAUAGAAAAACAGCAGGACGACAAAGAAAAUCUGAAAAAUUUGAUGUUGAGUUCUAUUUUAAUGAAAAGACAACUUGGGUAUUCCCUUUUAUUGCAACACCAAAAACUUUAAGAGAAAAAAAAGAAAAUAAGGGCGACGAACAAAUUUUGACAAUGAUUUUUGACAAGAAUUCCUUCCUUCACUGGAGUGGUGAUAUGUAUGCUUCUUUAGCAACUAAUGAAACAAUUACCAAUAUUGAUUUCAAUUUCCCAGGAAUGAGUCUAAUUACAAGCAAUACGCAAGCCACCUUUGGUGAAUCAGAGAUAGGAAAAGGCCACUUCAUUAUGAGAAACUCUGCUGAAUGGAAUGGCAGAAAGGACUGGACUUUCAAUUUUGAAGCAAACAAGUCUACAGUUUAUUACACGGCAGAACACAUUGGAUUCAUUAUGGAUUUAAUUAGGGAUUGGAGAAAUUAUCCAAACCAAAAACAAGCAACUUUACUCGAUUUUAUUCCCUCUGUAUAUACAUAUAAUUUUAAACUUUAUAACUCAAUGCUUAAGAUGCAUACUAACGACUUGAACAUAGUGGAGUUUCCUAAUGACAGCUCCAAGAAUCACUUUUUCUGUAUUGAUUACCCUCUAAUGAGUAUCAGUUUUACUGCUCCUGGAGAAGUUUUUUCCCCACCUUCUGUAGAAUAUUCAUUCAGUGUAGAGGUUAAGGGUGAUGCACAAGUUGACCCUGGAGUACAUAUGGAAUACCCAAAAGAUCAUCCUGUUCACGAAAUGCAAAUGGAACCAGGAAAAAAGUUUUUAUGGGGCGAAAGAGCUCAUGUACAUGGAACCUAUACAGUCCAUGACAAAAUCAAUGUCGAAAAUGUGGAUUCCUGCAUAAUUAAUGUUGAUUUAUUCAAUGUAAAUUUAAUGGUGAACGGAUAUCACCUCAAUUAUUUAAUUACUAUGUGGUUUGACCAUUUCACUGCUGAAAGAUUUUGGAUGUCAGAAUCUGAAUACAUUGCAAAUGGAUAUAAGAAUGACAAGUCAAAGCAAAUAUCCAAUUUACAAUCCACUGAUUUGUCGUCCAUUCCUUAUCCAUCUAACCCAACCGAAUACUUUGUUACCAUUAAUAUCAAACGAGGUAUAGUACAUUUGCCUCACUCUCUUUAUUCGAGAGAAGAAUGUACACAACUUAUGGGUGAAGAAUUUACUAUGGAUAUUAGAUACGUACCUUCCAGUAUUGAUUUGUGUUUCAAUCUUGGUCAACUUAUGGCUGAAAUACCAAUUAACCCAGAUGAAAAAGUAAGGCCUUCAAAGAAGUUUAUUGGUUGUGAAGGAAUCAAAUUUUUAGCACAAUUACCAAUUGGACCAAAUCCUGAUGGGUUACUUUGGAGAAGAAAAAUUCACUUUGAUAUUGGAGCAAUAACUGGUGAAAUCACUCCAAGUCAAAUUGGUAAUAUUGUAAAUAUUGGUCUCAAUUUUGUCUAUCAGUGGAAAUUGGCCUACUUCCCUAAACCUGACAUUACUUUUAAAAAAAGUGAUUAUUCCAGAAGACAAUAUUCUUCUGAAGAGUUUGAUGAAUACUUGAUUUGGGAUGUUAGAGUAACCUUUGUUUCUAUUUCUGCUGUCAUUUCAAUGACCAACGGUAUGGUCAAUAUCGAUUUAGACAAGGGAAUUGAUAUUAAUUUUGAUUCACUCAAUAAUGGAUCAUCCAAUUCUAGGCUCAAUGUAUUGGUACCCUCCAUACAUGCCAGAAUAAUGAAUGCAAGAGAAACAGGAAUGAAAGUAGAUGGUGAUUGGGUUCAAAUUGGAGAACUAUUGUCUGGUCUUAAAGUUGGUAUGGAAAAGAAAACUCACGACCUUAAAGAGCACUAUUUCAGACAACAAAGGUUCAUUCAAAAUAUGAACGGAGAUUCGUUUGGAUUGAAUUUUAGUGCUGAUAAACAAAUGGAAACAUCUCUUAACAAACGAGAGAUGGAGACAAGUGCUUCAACAAGCAAGAAAAGGUCCAAAAAAAAGAAUCCUUCAAAGAGAUCUGUUGCUAAGACUACAACUGAAAUUAGUGAAACAGAUAUUAGCGAAACAGACACAGAUGCUGAAUUUUUCGAUAUAGAUGAUGACGAAUUGGAGCUGGAAGAGGAAGAAGAGAAGGUUCAAAAGGUCAGAAAAGUGUUUAAUGGUCUAACUUUUCAUGAUACCGAACUGGGUAAAACAAUUAGUGUAGACUAUAUUGAUAGUAUAAUUUCAGAAGAUGGAAGCCAAUUUAUAGAAAAGGAUGUAUUGGACGAUAGAGCACAAUGGAAUCUUAUUUCGAAAUCAUCACCAAGUUUAUCUACAUAUUCCAGUUAUUUGAAAAAUUAUUACUAUGAACAAGAAAGAGAAAGUCUUAUGCCUUUAACAUAUAAUGCUAAGCAAUUUCUUACAGAUAGAUAUCCUCACCAUAGAAUGGGAAUGUACUCUCCUUUCCCUGAAUAUCACUUAAGAAGAAAUAAGAAUACUGAAGAUUCAAAUGAGUUACUACCAAUAGUAUCAAAAUUCAGCAAACUUGACAUGAAAGAUUUUAGAGGACAAUUCUAUUCAUUUUCUUCUGGAAAGGACCGUGAGAAUAUUGAGAGAAUUUUGCAAAUCGAAAGUAACUUUACCUCCCAAGAAAAAAUUGAUCAACAACAUAUCAACAUUGAAUUUUUAAAGAAUAUUGAUAUUAGCUUUUCACCAAAUGUAAUCUCUCUAGUACACCAAUUAAUCAAAUAUAUAAUACUUCCAGAUUCAAACCUUCAUGCUACAGCUGAUCAUAUCGAAAAGUCAAAGAAAGUAUUCCAUCAGGAUGUCCCAGAGGAAUUAUUAGAAGAGAAGAAAACUAUUCCAAAAUGGGAUUUAAAGAAAAUUAUCUUUUCUGGUGGUGUUAAAUGUGUUAAUGUUAACGUUUUACAAUCACUCUCUGUACCUAAUAUUAUACCUGAGUCACCUUUACAAGGAACAGUUUCUGCAUAUUCUAUCAAACUUUUUGCUACUGAUUUUGUAGCUUCUGGAUCUGUAACUUUGAGAAAAGUGGAAGAGGAAAAGAAAGUAAGCUCUGAACUAUUUUCUAUUGAAGGUUUUGGAAAAUGUCUAGAGGUUGGAGGUAUUUCUCAGUGCUUAGAUAGUAAAACAUACCAUUACAAAGGUAUUGAUCCUUCUGAGUUACCACUUUACUUCUUACAAAGGGUAAAUCUAAUACCAGACGCACCAAUAGUUGCAGCAAUUCUUGUAGAGGACGUUCAUUUCCAAGGUAAAAAUAAUAUCAAGGAGGAAAACUCUCAGGGAAGAUUUACCUGUACAGUAGGAAAGCAAGGUUCUCUAGGAUCAGGUGUUUCUGUACUCUUUACUCAUGAUAUAAUUGUAAUUUCAUAUUCACUUGUAGAAGUGUGGAGAAAAGUUAUCACAGAUAUGGUAUUGAAUGUUAGAAACUAUUUGAGGUUACGACACGUCUAUGAUUUGCUACUACUUAGUCAAGUUUCAAAGAAAGCUGUAUCCAAUACAUCAGAAAACCUCUAUGGAGUCUUGGAAAAAAAGCAAGCUUUGAAACAUUUAAGAGCUUCUCUCUACUCUUUAACUUUUGCUGACUGUAGAAGUAUUCAAAAGUUUAUGCAUUCUCAUAUAGGAAUGGAAGUUGAUUCAAAGGUAGAAAUGAGAGCAAUAAGAAAUGAAUACUCUGAAUUGAUAGAAGACGAAGACCAUGCCCCUCAAAUUCAUACAAGCAAAACCUCUGUGAGAUUGAGAACUGAUAUCUCUUUCCACUUGGAACGACUUGACCUUUCAGUUCAUUCUGUUGAUUUUAAAACAAAAGUUUACACAAAGAGUAUUGCAAAGUUUAAUGAUAUUUUAAUGAGAGGAAAAGUAGAACAUAGUUUGAAUCCACUUUUCGAAACUGAGUACAAGAAAUUUGAAUCAGAAAAUGCACAAAAGAUAAGAGAUAUUUCUCUUAUUUUAUCAGUGAAUUGUAGAGCCUUUAGUAUUGAUAUUCACUCUCAAACUCUCAUCCUUUUAACUUCAGCGCUUGGAGUAUUCUUAAUUGUUAAAAACAAACCUUUCAUUAAAAAGUUGAGAGAAAAAGAAAAAAAGAACAAAAACAAAAAUCCUCAACAAAACCACGGAGAAAUUAAGGAGAUAACACACGAUGUUUCUGCAUCAACCCAUGAACCAGAGGGUGAAAAAGAAAUACCAGUGUACCAAGAAAAAGUAGUCCUAAAACUGAAUGUAUUUACAAAUGUUAAUGUACAAAAAGCAACCGCUAGAGCAUGGAUGGACAAGAAUAGUUUUGCAGAACUCAGUAUUGAUAAGUUUUCUCUACUCUUCAAUCAACCUAAAAGCUCAGAAGAGCACAUGCUAGCCAUCAAUAAUGAGGAAAACAAGUCAGAGAAGAAGAGUAAUCUUAAAAUGUUCAAUUAUACAACUCCUGAAAAAACAAACGAGAGAACAAAAGAGUUUAUUUCUCUCUUUGAUGUUACUGUGAAUGAUAUUAGACUUAAUGAAUUUUUAUUCAAAGAAAAGGACUUGAAUGUGCAUGCCUAUUUUGCAUUUGAUAAGCUUUUAAUUAAUCUUCCAUUUGCUGAUGUUUGGUCUGCAUCUUCAGUACAAUUUAGGCUGUUUGUGAAAACAUGGUAUGAAGCUAUCAAAAGAAAGCCUAAUUUACCAAGCUUUGACAUUUCAAAAGAUUCUUCUCAACCAAAACAAGACCAAGAGCAACCCAAAUCACCUAUUAAUUUCAAUAUUCCUGCAAUUAAUAUUGUUCUUGAUUUGAAUGAUAUUUCUGCAUACUUCAAGUUGGUAGAUUCUUUCCAAAUGAGAUAUAGUCUCACGAAACUAACAGCUCACUUCAAGCAAAAUUCAAAACUUGACAAUAACUUUAUGGUACACUUGUUCCCGCAUUCGUUUACUUUGAAAUCAAAGAAUGAUGAAGAAUUUCCAAACUCCAACAAGUGGGAAGGUCCAAGAAGCACAACACUUGGUUCGAAUGAAUUCAGAAAGAUUUUCAUUCUUCCUGAAGUUAUUGUUUCUGGAAGUUUAGAAAAUAAGGACAAUAAUGGUACUACACAGAGAAUACUUUCCACUUUAAUAGCUAUUGAUUACUUUGAAAAUGUGGUUACAAGUGAUUUGUUAAAUCAUGUUAUUGUCAUUCAAUCCGCUGUUACAAAAGAGAUUAACAAGAUCAUUGAAAGCUUGAAUAAGGGUGUUGAAGAUUUAGAAAAAAUCAAAAACGAAUUACCAAAAGCUAAAAAGAAUGUCAGAUCUCUCAAUCUUUUCUUUGAUGUAAAGCUUUUGUUUGAAGGAAUUAGAAUCACAGCUCUUGGACCAUCUACAGCUCUGGUUGUUGACUCUGGAUCAGUUAAUGUUACAGCUUCCAACAUUGAACAUGUACGAGUCAAGAUGUCACUCAAAGGUCUAAAUAUUAAUAUGGUAGACACCCACAACAUCAAAUGGGCAAGUACAAGAAAGUACAACAAUAGAUAUUCUGAAACAAGUGAGUGUUACCAGUGGGCCCAAUUCCAAUCAAACCUUCAAGUUCAAAACUUCCUGGAUACUAAAUUAUCUACAACAGACAAACAAUCCACCAAGAAUUUCACUCUCGAUAUUUCAAAUACCCAUCUAUACCUUAGACCUGGAUGUAUAGAGCAAGCACUAUUUUUAUUUAAAGAUUACAAGCAAUCAGUCCAAACUGUGUUUGAAAAGUUAAAAGAGGCUAGACAAAAGAAUAGAUCUGAAGCUUUAACUUCCCUCAUCAAGACUGGAGAAGAAUAUUAUUCAUUAUAUUCUCAUCAAAUCAAAGAAAAAGUUGCUUCAGAUGCUAGUACAUUUAUUAAUUCAGGAGUGGUAAGAAUUAUGAAUACCACCCUAUCUAUGCCAUUCGGAGAUAAUCCAUACUUUGGAUUCCUCACAAAUGAGGGUCCUAAUUUCAAACCUACAUGCUGUUUACAAGUAAUUAUUCCAGCAGUUGGUCUCUCAACAAUGUCAGAAUCAGAAGAUGAUGUUAGUGCUACACUAGAUACAUUGAUUUCAACAGGAAAAGACAGUGUUUCCAGUCAAAGAGUUGCCACUUGUAAGGUGAAGUCUAUCAAUAUUUAUCUCGAUGAAAAACCCCUAAAGAAAUCUAAAUAUUCCUUUAGUAUGCCAACACUUCAUGACUUUGAUCAAGCAAAAACAAAAGGAAAGAUUGAGAAAAUAAUGAUGAGCUUGAAGCUAAGAGUCACAACCAACGAAAUCAAUGGUUCUGGUGUUAUUCAUGUACCUGGUCCUGAUUUGAAUAUUUCACCAGUUAUAGUUAGAAGAGCUCUUGAACUUGGAUAUGAUUGGUUUAAUCCAAAACGAAAAAUUUUCAAUUCAUAUGUUGAAUCUCCUAAGACCCAACCACAAAAACAAGACCAAGGUGUAAUUACGCCAACGAAAGUAAGAGAACUCACAAAAAGAAAAAUUUAUUUCCUCAUUACUGCCAACAUUCAACCUGGUGUAUUUAAUUUAGUUCACAAUAUGACACCAAAUACACUCGUUAGACGUAAAAUUACAGACGAAACAGCUGUUGCAGUAGAAGGAAAAUUGCCAUCAGUUACAGUUACAGCCUUACACAAAAAUCCAGGUACGAACACAAACCGAUCUACAACACAUAUUCAAACAGGCAUUCAUUGGGAUGGUGUUAAACUUCUUCCAAAAUCAUUAUUCUUUGUAUUGGAGGCAGUUCAUGAGUUUAAACUUUGGUCAAAGGAAGAGCAAAAAAGAAGACAAAAUUCUGCAACCUACAAGUCAAAAGAUCAAAAUACUACCGAAAUUGAGGAUACCAAGGAGGUAUUCAAACCUGUUGCAUGGAUGAGAAUGCUUAAAUCCGUUCUCCUUGUACAAAGAAUUUACAGAGGGUUUAGAGCAAGACAACUCGUUAAAAAACUCAGAUCCGACAAGAACUUGAGAAGUACUUAUCUUAAAAAAACAACAAAGAAGGAAAUCAAAAAGAAAGAAAAUGCUUCUCUCCAAUCUGAUUCCUUCAGUUUGCAAUGUAGAAUCAAUCCUUUUAGAGUUGAACUUUCUUGCUUCCCUCUUGCAGAAACGGUUACUUGCUUUGAAUUCACAUCUCCAUUCGAUAUUAUUUUGAGUAGAACAUUGAGAACUGUACAAACGGGUAAUACCAAGGGUACUGCCAUUUACCUUAACGUUUGCCUUUCUUGCCCUAUUGCCUUGAUAAGAUGCUACCAUCCUCUAUCUCCUACACCAUUUGUUAUUUUGACAGUAGCAGGAAUUAUUGGAAACUUGGGCAGUGGAUUUGGAAAUUAUCUUAGAUCUGAUGACACUCCGGUAUAUUCAGGAACUCUUCACGUAAAAAAGGUUUCAGUAGAGGUUAGUCUACCACAAAUGAACCACUUCUUUAUUAUGUACACAAUUUGGAUGGAUAAAUAUGAAGAAGCCAGGAAGUCUCUCAAGAUUGUAAGAGGAGAUAUCAAAACAACACCUAAAACUCAAUUAGUUGUUCUGACGAACGAAGAGAAAGAAGAGAAAGAUCAAAAGAGAAAGAAAAUUAUUAUGGAAGAAAUAUCCCUUGAAUCUACCUCAUCUAAAUUUGGUCAAUUAUUAAUCUCCUCAUUCGAAAUUGUUAGUGAUAUGGGUCCAACUCUUGGUAAGCAGAAAUUGUAUGCUGAAGAAAUUUCCUUGUUCUGCAAAGAUAAGGGACGUAUAGUUAAUGAAAUUGAAAGAGAACCAUUACAUAUUGGUGGAUACUUAGGAAAAUUUGAGGGAACAUUUGUUGGAAGACUUCAAGGUAAUAUAUCGAUGAAUGGUAUUGUAGUUGGGCUAAAUAGAACAUUCAAGAAAGGAGGUUCAUCUCCUACGUAUAAGGGAUCUAGUGAAGUGUUUAUUACAGCUUUACCAACUCUAAUAGAUUUGGAGCUCAACUCUGCCAAGAUACUCAACAUCUCACUCAACACAUUAUCCAUUACAUUCUGCGAUAUAUUUGACUCUACAGAUGGUAGACAAUACCAUGUGGAAACAUCUGUAAACUCAUCUGGAGCAACAGUUCGUCUUUCUAAAAUAUCUGCAUCUGCUUUCAUAUACGUAUUCUAUAAGAUCAAAGAGUUAGCCACUGAAAGAAAGAAAGCUGCAUUAGAUACUCUCCAAGGAUCUGUUAAUUUUUAUAAUACAGAGGAUGCCUCUGAAAAAGAAACAGAAGAAGAAAAAUCAUUCGAAAUCAAAUCUCUAAAAAUUCAAUCUCCAACGAAACAAUUUUUAUCACUCAUUCCAAUUGGUGAUAUAGUUUUUAAGGGUGUAAAUCUCAAAGUUUACCUUUAUGAAAAGUUUACAGUUGAAAAAGAUCAAUUCGUUCCAGCAGGAGAUUGGUUAGAGUUUGGAAUGGAUGACUACCAACUAAAGUUCAAACGUAAAGGACUUAUGGAGGAUAAAUCUGUAGAAAGGUCACUGACAUUGUUUUUAGCCAAAGUAGCUCUGGAUAGAAUGACUACUCCAAACAAGCGAUCAUUUAUUUUGGAGGUCCCUGGAGCUCACUUAACAAUGAACUCAUUACAAACAAGAUCUAUUCCAGAUGUAAUUAAUUAUACAUUCAAAACCAAGUUCCCUAAGGCCAUUACAGUCACCACCAAUUUGAAUGAAUAUACAUUCUUACAAGGUUUGAUGAAGCUCUACAAAUCAGAAGUUACAAACGAAUUGGAGGAACAUAAGAAAUCUGUACAACAACAAUCAUCAUCUAUACUCAAAUAUCCAUAUUUGGAAUUCCAAAGAGAAAAUUCGAAGGUACAAUUCAACUAA